GUUACAGUGGGAAAGCUCGGCUGCCCCGCGGUUGCCACCAUGGCAGCGGCUGGGGGACCGGGAGGCGGCGUUGACAGCCCGGUGGCGACGGCAGGUAACCGACAGUUGAAGUACAUUAGUUUGGCAGUCUUGGUGGUGCAAAAUGCCUCUCUCAUCCUCAGCAUUCGCUAUGUGCGCACUUUGCCAGGAGAAAGAUUCUUUGCUACCACAGCGGUGGUUAUGGCCGAAAUCCUUAAGGGAAUCACCUGCCUACUGCUCAUCUUUAUUCAGAAGCAAGGUAAUCUGAGACAGUUUGCUGCCUCUUUGUAUGAUUCCAUUUUGGUACAGUAUAUGGACACUCUCAAGCUAGCAGUGCCUUCUCUCAUUUACACCCUCCAAAACAAUCUGCAGUAUGUGGCCAUCUCCAACCUGCCAGCAGCUACCUUCCAGGUCACCUACCAGCUGAAGAUCCUCACCACAGCUGUCUUCUCGGUGCUGAUGCUCCGCAAGAGCCUGUCGCGUCUUCAGUGGCUGUCCCUCCUGCUUCUUUUUGCCGGUGUAGCCAUUGUCCAGGUGGAGCAGCAGCAGGCAGGGGGCAAACCAGCCUACAAAGGCCAAGGGAUGCAACAAAGCUACAUGGUGGGACUUGUGGCCGUGGUGGUGUCCUGCCUUUCGUCUGGCUUUGCUGGGGUCUAUUUUGAAAAGAUCCUCAAAGGCAGCACAGCCUCGGUUUGGCUACGUAACGUCCAACUGGGCAUCUUCGGGACUUUGCUGGGGCUGUUGGGGCUGUGGUCCACCGAGGGGGCAGCUGUAGCUCAGCAUGGAUUCUUCUUUGGCUACACCCCACUGGUGUGGGGAGUGAUCCUAAAUCAGGCUUUUGGCGGCCUCUUGGUGGCAGUGGUUGUGAAAUAUGCUGACAACAUCCUCAAAGGCUUUGCCACCUCCUUCUCCAUUGUGGUGUCCACCGUGGCUUCUAUCUACCUCUUUGACUUUCACCUCAACCUACUCUUUGCUCUAGGAGCAGGCCUGGUCAUAGGAGCUGUCUAUCUGUACAGCUUGCCCAAGGGACCAUUGUCCAGUCGAUCCCUGGUGGGUGCAUCUAUCCAGCAGCAAGGCCAUGGAGCACAAAGCAAGGAACUUCCUUCCGUGACUACAGAUGGCUUCCUGUCCAAAUCUGGCUCAAGGAGCAAAAGGAGGAAGUACUAAAUAGGGUCUCAGCUAAAGAAAAAGGUUCUUAAAGCAGCAGAGAAAGCGCCACCGAAGACUUCAGCAGCAUUUCAGCUGUGAUGCUUUUCUAGAUUAACGAAAUCUUCUGCCUGCGCUUACAAGAUGCAGAACAAUUCACGGCACUGACUGCACAGGAAAGACGGGACUAAUUUUCUCAGAUGUGCCUUUUGGUUGCCUGAUGCACUUUACCAAGCUAAACUUGGUCUCCCAUUAAGAUCUGCCUCAAGUACAGAGCUGAACCAUAGGGGCUCCAAUAGCAAUUAAUGAUUCAUUUAGGUCAGGGCUGUCAAACUCGCGGCCCGCAGGCCGGAUAUGUCACGCGCUGGCCACACCCACACCCAGUUUAGCAAAGGGGAAAAAAGUCACGAUACAUCACAUUACAACACAAGUUUGACACCCCUGAUUUAGAUGAUCGGUUAUAUCUUCCCAGAGGAGUAAAGGAGCUAUUAGAGCCAAUUUUCUUUUUAAUGAAGCAAUACCCUUCA